UUGGUUCUUUUAGAGCAACAAAUUUUUUUGGAGCAACGUGACUUCCUUAAGUCGAAGGACAUCAGGCUAGGACGACAGUUUCUAAUACUCCUUGCGAAUGGAGGGGUCUUCGCUACACAGUUUUUUGCGAUCAAAAAAAUGGUCGAAGUUGGCUAUCCUGGUUUGUCCACAGGUGGAAUAGCAUGGUUUAAGGAUUUAACAGCCACAGACCCAUAUUAUGCUCUGCCUCUGAUCAGUGCUGCAACGAUGGCUUUGGUUACACGUGUCGGUAUUGAAGUGGGCACUACUGCAGAUCAAAUGACACCUACAAUGCGAUUAGGAAUGCAGUAUGGAGUGCCUUUGCUGAUUCUCGUUGUUAGCUCGCAGUUUUCAACGGGUAUUUGUGUGUAUUGGUGUGCGUCAAAUAUGAUAUCUCUUCUCUACGCUGGAGCUUUUACAGUGCCAGCAAUCCGUAAAUUAUUUAACAUUCCACCGUUGGUCCAAUCACCUAAAGAAAAUCAGAAAAAGAACUCAUUCAGAGAGGCUAUAGCAACUUAUAAAGCAAACAAAAGGAUUCCUCCAACAAUAGCUCAACUCAAGGAACAAGACGCGAUGCAGUUCAAAAAGGCUGGUCGUGGCAAGCCGAUCAUCAAAAGCUCUUAG